GACUAGCCUGCUAGCUGCUAGCUCAGAGACGCCAUUAGUUUCUGGAUUAUUCUCUAAUAACAGCGGGUUCGGACGGAGCUUAGACCCGGAUCUGGUCGUCCUUUAGACCCGGCUCUCUUCUAGACCCGGUCUUCGCUCAGAGCCGGUUCCGAGUGUCGUUGAGCGGCUGUUGACGGUUCUGGUGAUUAAAGUCGGAUGUAGCUGCGGCUCCUGUUCCUGGUUUUUCUCCUGGUCCCUGCUACCGGCUGUGUGUUUGUUUACCGGCUCCAUUCCGGGGCCCCGACCCCCCUGGUUGUUUGUUUGUUGUUGUUAUUGUGUGCGCCCCCCGGGGCUCCGAACCCCCCGGUUCCUGCUGGUUCCUGGUCCCGGUCCCGGUUCCGAUGGCGUCCGGCCGGAGCUUCUCGUUCAAGGCGGUUCUGCUGGGAGAAGGUUGUGUGGGGAAGACGUCCCUGGUUCUGCGGUACUGCGAGAACAAGUUCAGUGAUAAACACAUCACUACUCUGCAGGCCUCCUUCCUCACCAAGAAGCUGAACAUCACGGGGAAGAGGGUGAACCUGGCCAUCUGGGACACGGCGGGGCAGGAGCGGUUCCACGCCCUCGGUCCCAUCUACUACAGAGACUCCAACGGGGCCAUCCUGGUCUACGACAUCACAGACGAAGACUCCUUCCAGAAGGUGAAGAACUGGGUGAAGGAGCUGAGGAAAAUGUUGGGGAACGAGAUUUGUUUAUGUAUAGUAGGUAAUAAAAUAGAUUUGGACAAAGACAGACACGUUUCAGUGGAAGAGGCUGAAAGUUAUGCAGAGUCGGUGGGAGCCAGACAUUAUCACACGUCAGCCAAGCUGAACAAGGGGAUCGAGGAACUGUUCCUGGACCUGUGUAAACGGAUGAUGGAGGCGGCCCAGGCCGACGAGCGCAGCCGAGGGAACGGAGCCGGCCAAUCAGCUUCCAGCAGGAGGGGAGUCCAGAUCGUUGAUGACGAGCCCCAGGCCACGCCCACCGGGGGCUGCUGCUCCUCCGGCUAGCCUAGCACGCUAACACUUAUAUAUAUAUACACACUCACACUCACGUCCUAGCUUGAUCUGUCACUUCUGUCCAGUUGUUCCAGUAACUGCUGCUAGGCAUCAUGGGAAAUCAUGUUUAAGCUGCAGCCGCGUCCGGUUUAGCUCCCUGACCCACCAGAGCUCCGCCCCCAAGCCCCGCCCCCUGGGCUCCAAACUCCGCCCCCGGUCCGAUGCUCGCACUGAGCGCGCUCAGUGGCGGCGGAGACCGGAGGAGCAAAAACUCCAAAUCUUAACUAGAAUAUUUGUCUUAUUUCUAGUUAAAAUGUCUCAUUUUUAGUCAAAAAAUCUCAUUCCACUUAAAACAAGACUCAUCAC